UUUUUCCCAACACUGUUAUGGAACUGACCAAAAUUCCCUUUGUUUUUCUGUUCUGUUCUUUCUAAUCGAUACUUUUAACAAGGAGAAGGGUUUUUGGUGUGCAAAUUGAGAGGAAAAGAGAGAAAGAGAGAGAGAGAGACAGUGAGAUGGGAAGAUUAUUUCUGGUGGAUCUUGAAGGCAGGACAUACAACUGCAAAUCUUGUAAAACCCAAUUGGCCCUUGUAGAUGAUCUUAUUUCCAAGGCUCUUGAUUGCCGCAGAAGAAAGGCCCACCUAUUCAAUAAUGUAGUGAACAUCACUGUUGGACCUCUUGAGGAGAGGCCAAUGAUCUCGGGAACUCAUACAGUAGCAGAUAUAUUUUGUUGCUGUUGUGGGCAAAUUGUUGGUUGGAAAUAUGAAUCUGCGUGGGAAAGUAGCCAAAAGUAUAAAGAAGGAAAAUUUGUUCUUGAAAGACGGAGGAUCAUUGACAGUGCCUUGCCCUUUGUAGAUAUGAAACCAAGAACCGGGAGCUCAGCCAUUCAGCCACCCAGGUGGGAUGAGUUCCGAGCGCAGAUACAGUCUUUCAUGGAGCGAAUCCUUGCACAACUCGGGAGUUUACAGACAUUGGUUGCGUCUUUUGACAGUGAGCUUGUGUCUUUCGAGAGUCGGGCUGCAGAAUUCGAAGUGGAACUUGAUGGAAUCUACGCCCAGCUACUGGAGUGGAUGGGGCAGCAUGGACUGAUCCCCGAGCCAUAUUGUGCAUGCACCGAUCCCAUCUCAGUGCAAAGUGCCCGGGCCGAUGAGGAUGCUACGCAUAACGCUGCUGAGCCCAGCCCAGGACCGUCUAGGAUGGACGAGCUCCGAAAGAAAAUGUUGUCCGUCGAGGAAGAAGUCCUUGCGAAUUCCAGGAGUCUGCAGACAACGAUUGGGUCUAUUUACGGUUGGCUUGGGUCUCUUGAUAGUCCAGUUGCAGACCCGGCAAACGAUGAUGAUGCUACUACACACACAGAUGAUGACACUGCGAGGCCCAGCUUGAGACUGUCCUGGAGGGACGAGUUCCGGAAUCAAAUAUCGUCUUUCGAGGAGUGCGCCCUUGCGCACUUCGGGAGUCUGCAGGCAUCGAUUGGGUCUAUUAACAGUCGGCUUGGACCUCUUGAUAGUCGGGUUACCGGACUUGAAGUGAAACUUGCCGAACUUAAAGUGAAACUUGAUGGAAUCCCCGCUCGCUUCCCUUCAGGUCCACCUUCUAUCCCGCCUCAGGCUCCUUGAUUCAAAAUAGACUUUGGAUUUCAUUUGACUGUUGUUGGAUUUCUUUUUCUUUAUGCGUGUUUAGUUUUCUAUUUUCGCAUUUAAUUUAUGACUUUAUUUUGGGCCUUAUAAUCUAUAUAACUUGCUGCAAUGUUUUAAGCUUGGAUGCUUUACAUUUCAGAGCUUUAUCAUACUCUGUAUUUGUUUGUG